UUCAGUUUUGAGCAAUUUUUGUCGUCUGCAAUCGAAAUGGCCGCCUCCUCUGUUUUGCCGUUUGUGCGCGGGAUAGAUUGCAGUAAUUAUGAUUUCAAGAAUGGGAAUUUUCCUGAAACUAUUGGCGAUAUGGUCGGCCUACGGUGGCUUAAACUUGACCAGACUGGUUUAACAGAAGCCCCUGAAGAGCUAGGGAAGCUUCAGAAAUUAGAACAUUUAAGCUUGAAGAGAAACAAAAUUGACAAAGUAUAUGGUGAAGUGACUACCCUUCCCUGCCUUCGCUCCCUUAACCUUCGUUAUAACUGCUUGAGAAGUUCCAGUUUACCACAAGAUAUCUUUCAAGUGGAAGAACUUACAACUCUCGACCUUAGUCACAAUAACCUGAGACAAGUCCCAGAUGGAUUAGAAAGAGCUAAAUCUCUACUAGUCCUUAACCUCAGCCACAAUAAUAUUGAAGCAAUACCAAGCCAACUCUUUGUUCAGUUGACCGACCUGCUGUUCUUGGAUUUGAGCCAUAACCGCCUUGAAACUCUACCUCCUCAAACUAGAAGAUUAGUUAACUUACAAACUUUGAUCCUGAAUGGAAACCCCAUGGCAAAUUAUCAAAUGAGACAACUACCUUCGUUAACAGCCUUGAGAAGCCUGCAGGUUCGGGAUACUCAAAGGAGUGUUUUAAACAUCCCGUCGUCUCUGGAAGCAUUGCUCGAUGUGGGUGAAGUGGACUUGUCACAAAACGGUCUUUCUAGAAUACCCGAUGGACUUUUUGUACUUCCAACAUUGAGAAGGCUCAAUAUGAGCAAUAACAUCAUGACAGAACUACAUUCAGCCAUUGAUUUGUGGUCCAAACUUGAAACAGUGAAUUUAAGCCGAAACCAGUUGCGAUCGUUACCGCCCUCUAUUUGUUUAUUACCGUGUCUCCGUCGGUUGUUUGUUGAUUCAAAUAAUUUAGAAAGUGAAGGCUUACCCGCUGACCUAGGUCGCUUACCUGCCCUUGAAAUAUUUUCCGCAUCAGAUAACAAGUUGGAGACAAUCCCCGAUACCUUUCUGAAAUGUCUCAAUUUGAAAAAACUCAUCCUCAUUAACAAUCGACUACGAUAUUUACCCAAAGGAAUUCAGUACCUUCCUAAAUUGGAACUAAUAGAAACCAGAGGCAACCCUGAUUUUAAAGCCCCACCUAAACCCAAUCCCCACGCCUUGGCUAAUGCAUAUUACAACAUCGACUUUUCUUUGCAACAUCAACUGAGGCUGGCCAGUGCUGCAGGAACUGUAGCUUUGUCAACUCCUCAAGAAUCAGGGACACUUUCGAAACAAUCUUCCUUAGACGCAGGAAGCAAUACGUCACUUGAUAAAGAUAAUGUCCGCAAACGAGGACGUCGUGGGAAACAUCAACAAGAAGAAGCAGAUCAAGACCAAGCAAAGAUUCUUAAAGGUCUAAAAGACGUCGCCAAGGAUAAGAAUCAUAAGACGAUAGAAGAAUUAAAAGCCGAAUCUCUUAAACCAAGGAAAUGGGUGGAGUCUUUGGAAAAACCGACGCUUGAUUAUUCCGAGUUUUUUGAGGAAGAUGUCGGGCAAAUUCCAGGAUUGACUAUUUGGGAAAUUGAAAAUUUUCUUCCUUGUCAAGUCGAUGAAUCCGUCCACGGGAAGUUCUACGAGGCCGAUUGUUACAUCGUAUUGAAAACGUUUAUUGACGAGAGUGGUUCUCUCAAUUGGAAAAUAUCCUUUUGGAUCGGAGAAAAAGCCACGUUGGACAAAAAGGCGUGCGCAGCCAUUCACGCAGUUAAUCUGCGAAAUUUUCUCGGGGCGCAAUGCCGAACAAUCCGAGAGGAACAGGCGGACGAGUCACCUGAAUUUAUUGCCAUGAUUGAUGGUGAUCUCGUCUAUCUAGAAGGUUGCCGUACUGCUUCCGGCUUCUUCACUGUUGAUGAGAUGGAGUUACCUCCACGGUUAUACAGAAUACACGCUGCCGGCCCGUCAAUUCACCUUGAACCCGUUGCAGUCCAUGCUGAUGAGCUUGAUCCUCGUCAUGUAUUCCUUCUAGAUGCUGGCAAAAAGAUGUUUAUCUGGACAGGACUGAAAUCUAAGAAUACUCUCAGGUCUAAAACACGCUUACUCGCGGAGAAGAUCAACAAAGAGGAACGUAAAGGAACCGCUGAUAUUAUAGUCUGCGCCCAGAGCAAAGAGACUGAUGACUGGUGGGAUGUAAUGUCAUCAGAAUCUGAUUCCGAUGAAAUUUAUCGACCAGAGAUCAUCCGUGAACAUGUAACGCAAGACUUUGUUCCGUUUGCUGCGAAGUUAUAUCGAGUCGGGCUUGGAAUGGGAUAUUUGGAAUUACCCCAGGUCGAGCUAACAACUCGAGGAAAACUAGAACACAAGUUACUUGAAACGAACGGUGUCUAUUUGAUUGAUUGCUUGGGCGAGGUUUUUAUCUGGAUUGGAAAGCAGUCUACUCGCCUUGUCCGAGCAGCCGCACUGAAGCUGGCACAUGAAUUAACCGCCCUCAUCACACGCCCCGCUUUUGCUGUCGUGACUAAAAUUUCUGAAGGUACUGAGCCCAUGAUUUUCAAGACGAAAUUUGCAGGCUGGAAUGAUGUCAUCGCUGUUGAUUUUACUCGAACCGCUGACUCUGUACGUAAAACUGGUGCUGACCUGGGAAAAUGGGCGUCAGAGCAGCAGACAAAGGUAGAUAUUUCGGCCUUAUUUACCCCGCGGCAACCGCCCAUGUCGGCAACUGAGGCACAGCAACUAUCAGACGAUUGGAAUGAAGACCUUGAGGCCAUGGAAGCAUUUGUCUUGGAAAAUAAGAAGUUUGUUCGAUUACCAGAGGAAGACAUUGGGCAUUUCUACAGUGGGGAUUGCUAUGUCUUUCUCUGUCGAUAUUGGAUUCCUGCAACCGAUGCGGAUCCAGAUGCGAAAAAUGAAGACGACGAUCCUCAGGAUGACUUUCAGUGUGUCGUUUAUUUUUGGCAGGGAAGGGACGCUUCUGAUAUGGGAUGGCUCACGUUUACGUUCAGUUUGCAGAAAAAGUUUGAAUCUCUCUUUGGUAGCAAGCUAGAGGUGGUACGAACGAGACAACAGCAGGAGAACUUAAAGUUUUUGGCUCAUUUUCAUCGCAAAUUUGUUAUUCAUCGAGGCAAACGGAAACCAGUUAAAGGAGACGACUGGACUGCCCCUACAGAGUUUUUCCAGAUCCGUAGCUCUGGUUCUACACUUUGCACUAGAUGCAUACAAAUUCAAGCGGAUUCGUCACUUUUAAAUUCGUGUUUUUGCUACAUUUUGAAAGUGCCUUUUGAUAAAGAGGAUCGCAGUGGAAUUGUCUACGUUUGGGUUGGAAAUAGAGCUGAUCCGGAAGAGGCUCGGAUUACGGAAGAGAUAGCACGGGAGAUGUAUGAUGGGAAAAAUGCAGGGGACCAAAUCGUGAUGGGUCGACUUACGCUUGAUACUUUGGGGAAAUCUCGAUCUGACAGCCACCGUCAUCUCACCAUUCAAUCCCAGACGAGUGAAAGAUUUAGUCUGCAGGUGCUAAAUGAAGGUGAGGAACCCGAUAAUUUCUUCUGGGUUGGUUUGGGAGAGCGCAAACCGUACGACACACAAGCCGAUUUUCUUGACUACGCCAGACUUUUUCGAUGUUCCAACGAACGAGGCUAUUUUGCUGUCUCAGAAAAGUGCUCAGACUUUUGUCAGGAUGAUCUAGCAGAUGAAGAUAACAUGCUGUUAGAUAAUGGUGAUCAAGUAUUCCUCUGGCUUGGUUCAAGAAGUUCUGAAGUGGAGGUCAAACUUACUUACAAAGCAGUACAAGUGUACAUGCAACAUUUACGAGUCCAGCAACCUCAACGACCGCGACAGUUGUUUCUAACCCUGAAAUUCAAAGAGACUAAACGCUUCACUAAGUGCUUCCAUGGCUGGUCAACCUGGAAACUCCCUGUUUGAUUUUGUAAGCAUAGCGUGCUUUUGCUUAAGUGUAUAGGUUUUGCUUUUAAUUACAAUAAUAUUAUUGCAACAAACAUGUAACUGAUAAAAAUGUGAAAUGUACUAAACAAACUUGUGUGAGUUAA